CUCAACAUCGUAACAUCUAACAAACAGUCAGACAAACCAACAUCCAUAUAAACUAAGCAAAUCAUGACUGACUAACGCGGUAAUUUUAUUUCAAAAUUAAAUACCACCACUUAAAUUUCUUUAUUUUAAUUCAUAACGCCUGUGAAGAAUAGCGUGAACAAAAUUAACUCCGUCGCGGCUUUUUGCAUUUACAAAUUCAACAGGCGCUCAAAUUAGUACAGUGCUUAUGAUAUUAUGACUAGUAAAAUAAUGUUUGAAGUUGAAUAUUAAACGUUGUCUCGUUUCUAUGCUGUUAUGUAAAGGUGUUGUCUGUUUACCUAUCUUUUUAAAAGCCAAUUUCUGUAAGUGUAAAAUGUAGCUAUUUUUACAAGACUGUUAUUAAACUGUAAGGAUUCCUGAAAUAACCAUGUACUACAUAAGUGGAGUAUCACAUACCGGAUUGAAAAUAUGAAAAACGUUAAGAUGCUGAGUCCCAAGAUUCAGCGCUCCAUCAGAGUGAACGAGGGCCAGCUUAUGGCAUUGUCUGAAAGAGCGCAGUAUGACCACUCUCAGGCAAGUAGUUACAAAGGGCACCAGCACGAAGGCCGCGGGAAAUUUCUGAAAAGGGCUGGAUACUUGCAUAAAAAAACUUCAGACAGCGGCAAAUGGCAAAUGCGGUGGUGCAUACUUUAUCAGAACCUGCUCUUCUACUACGAGUCUGAGAACAGCACGCGGCCGACGGGGGUUUUGCUGCUGGAGGGGUCAUACUGCGAGCGGCUUAGUAAGUCGCCUAUGGAGAGGAAUGCCUCGUUCUGCUUUACGAUCUCUUACCGGCGGGAGAGUCAACGGCAGUACGAGAUGCGCGCCGCUUCAGAAGUGGACUGUGUGCACUGGGUGGAUGCCAUUCGGGAGGCUAGUUUCAACAAGCUGCUGCUCCAAAAGGAAGAGUUGGAACAAAAACAACUGCAUCUCCUUCAAGUUGUAGAAAGUGAGAGGACGUCGCGGUGGCAAUACGCGCAACAAUGUGACGAGCUCAGCAGCGAGGUCAAAAAGCUAAGGACAGAGUUGUGCACAUACAAGAAAGAGCAUGCGGAACCAGCAACACGUGCCGCUUCCACCACCAGCCUCUCCCCCACUGACUCCCCGGAGAUCGAUCCCGCCGAGCUGAGGAAGAUUAAGAAAGUACAGUGUGUGCAGAGUUUCUUCCGCGGCUGGUUGUGUCGGCGUCGCUGGAAGCAGAUCGUGGAGCAGUACAUCAAGAGUCCCCAUGCUGAGAGCAUGCGCAAGAGAAACAGCCUCGUCUUCAAAAUGGUGGAAGCAGAAGAAGAAUAUCUGGAGCAAAUGGAAAUAUUGGUGACCUGUUUCCUCCGGCCGUUCAAAAUGGCCGCCAGCUCGAAGAAGCCGCCGUGCACGCACGAAGACGUCAACUCUAUCUUCCUCAACAGCGAGACGGUGCUUUUUCUUCACCAGAUCUUUUUCAAAGGACUUACUUCCAGGAUGGAGUCUUGGCCCACAUUGGUACUAGGAGAUCUAUUCGACAUGCUUCUCCCGAUGCUGACGAUAUACCAGGAGUAUGUCAGAAACCACCACUAUUCCCUACAAGUUCUUACUGAAUGCAAGCAGAGCCAGCCCUUUGCGCAAUUACUGGCGCGGCUGGAAACCAAGCCGGCCUGUCAGGGGCGGUCGCUGGAGACCUUCUUGACGUAUCCUAUGCACCAGAUACCUAGGUACAUCAUCACACUGCACGAGUUGCUGGCCCACACUCCUCACGACCAUGUGGAGCGCCGCAGUCUCCAACACGCCCGGGCUCAGCUGGAGGAACUGUCCAGGCAGAUGCAUGAUGAGGUUAGCGAGACAGAAAACUUGAGAAAGAAUUUGGCAGUGGAACGUAUGAUCAUAGAAGGUUGCGACAUCUUACUGGACGUCAACCAAGUAUUCAUCCGACAAGGUAUCCUCUUUCUGCAAACUAUGACAGGAACUCUUUCGCAAGUGGUGGGCAAAGGCAGAAGAGCUCAGCUGCACGCUCGUCAAGCAUUUCUGUUCAGUAACCACCUGCUACUCACCACACGAGCUACUGGGGGGAGGCUUCAUCUCCCACCGGCUGGAAGACUUCCAUUACAUGAUGCCUUGCUAGUAGAGGAUCCUUCCAAUCAUGAUGACGAUGAUUCUACUUCGGUAUGUUCUUCCCCUGGUGGUGAGAGUUAUCAAGGAAGAGAUUUCAAAAUUCUCGUAGAAGUCAAAGGAGAGCAAAUAUGUGCUCAUCUGGUGGCAGCAACACUGGAAGAGAAGGCAGCUUGGACGAGUGAGCUAGCACAAUGCAUGGAGAGCGCGGCGCUCACAGAGUUGUUACGGGCUUGCGGGUCUUGCGGCGCCGCGUCCGCCAGCCUGCCGGCGUGCCGCUCCGACCGCGCGCUCUUCACUGAUGAUGUCGACAUCCGCUUCAGCCGGACGCUCAACUCCUGCAAGGUGCCGCAGAUCAGGUCCGCCACGCCGCAACGACUGCUGCAGCGGCUCACAGAUCUCCGCUUCCUGUCUGUGGACUUCCUAAACACGUUCCUGCUAACGUACCGUGUAUUUACUGACGGCGUGACGGUACUAGAGGCUCUAAAGCAGGUGUUCUACGAGCAGUCGCAGCAGGAACUGGAACUGGCGCCUCCGCCCGAUGCCACGAGGAAAACUAGUGGGGCUAGUUCCGUUUCUGGAUAUGGCUCUGAGUACAGCGAUCGUGAUUGGCAAUCUCGGUUUUGGAGAGCUUCAAGAAAAAGUGAAGAUGAUGACAAGUUGUCGCCAUAUCUGACAGCACCAUCUCGAAGAACUUCAUCAGUUAGUAAGACGGAGGAAGACAACAGUCAUUUAACUAUACCGAAGAUCAUGGCGACUUCUUCGAGUAAUGAAACGCUCAAAGGGGCAUCGCCAUCGUCUCCUGGGGCUAUAAGCUCAGUGACUUUAGUCGGCAGUCCCAAGAAGACAAGCCCAGUAGACAAUACAGAUACAACCAAGGCCCUAGAGAAGAGGUCUCCUACCAAAGAUAAUGACGCAGCAGCCGCUACGAUCAUGAAAGAUGAAAGCAUUGAGCUAGUGGACCAGAGUGAUGAAGACACUGACAAGAAGUAUAAGGAGGAAGAGCAAGAGAAGAACAGCAAAUAUAAGAUUACUGAUAAUUUCAAAAUUUCUCAAAGGUUUUCUGAGUUUGUCCAGCAGCUGUACACACAACAUACGUAUAACCUUUGUCAGCGGGUCCGCACGAUGUCGGAGUCGCCGCGGCGGCUGCAGCCCUCGGCCGCCGCCGCCGCCUCAGAGGCGCGCCGGCGCUCCGACAGCGCCCGCGACGCCGCAGCUAACACCGCUGAAGAACAACGACGGGCGUCUGAUUCUGGAGCACGAUACGCUCCUAGAAGAUCUGUUAGUGAAAGGCGCUACACUAACUCGUCAAUCAACAGCGAACGCCGCAGAUACUGGGUCGGCUCCGAACCCAGGUCCUCCGUCACGUCACAAGUGUCCCAAGUUCAGAACUAUCGUCGUGAAACAAGCCAACCUAAAGCAGGUGUGGUCAUCACAUCAUUCCGACAGUCGCACAGAAGCUUUGGAAAAGACCUGUUGUGGAGCAGUACAUCGACCGCAGCUGUGGCGUUUGCUGUGGCUACUUCAGCAUCUUCAAAUCCUCGCUCGCCACCACCUACUUCGCCACCAGCCACAAGAAGGGAUUCGGUUAUUUCCACUGCUGCUACUAUGAGAGUCCUUAACGUUUUGAGGCACUGGAUCUCCAAACACUCUUACGACUUCUGGAGCAACGAGCGUCUCCGUGGCCUGACCAUGGACUUCCUGAAGGAGAUAGAAGGCAGUCCCGGGCUGCUCCCCGCGGAGCACAAGGCGGCCGCGCAGCUGCUGCGGCUGCUGGAGCGGGCGCCCGACCGCACUGUGGACCUCAAGGCUCUGUUUGCACCGCCACGAGUUCCAACAAAGGAGAGUAUCGAAACUUUGUCGGCUCUUGAAAUCGCUGAGCAAAUGACCUACUUGGACUAUCAAAUAUUCAGCUCUAUACACAGCGAAGAGUUCCUGGGACAGGCGUGGACGAAGGCAGACAAGGCGGAACGCGCGCCACACAUCCUGAUGAUGACGGCGCACUUCAACCACAUCUCCAAUCUGGUGAUCUCGGAGAUACUUAAGAAGUACACUUUAGUUGGUCGUGUAGCUGCUAUAGAGAAAUGGGCUGCUGUGGCAGACAUCGCGCGAUGCUUACACAACUUCAACGGGGUUUUGCAAGUUUGCGCGGCCUUGUCUAACACAUCUGUCUACAGGCUGAAGAAGACUUGGGAGAAAGUAUCAAAAACUACUAAGCAGACUAUAGAGAGGAUGCAAACAAUAAUAUCGUCCGAAUGUCGAUUCCGAAUCCUGAGAGAUGCACUUCAUAGGUGUGAUCCUCCAUGCAUCCCUUAUUUAGGAAUGUAUUUAUCAGACUUAUCAUUCAUAGAGGAAGGGACUUCAAACUAUACUCCCGAUGGUCUUCUAAACUUUUCUAAAAUGAGAAUGAUAGCACAUGUAAUUCGAGAAAUAAGAAACUUUCAGCAGACACCUUACAAAAUCGAUCACAUUCCUAAGGUGUGCGACUUCCUCCUGGACCGUUCGCUGGUGAUCCCGGAGGAGCGGCAGUACACGCUGUCGCUGGAGAUGGAGCCGCGGGUGGCGCGGGGCUCGGGCGCGGGGCUGCACUCGCACUCGGCCGCGCCCGCGUCCCCCGCCUCCUAGCGCCGGCGCCGCGCCUCCUUGGCUGCCCUCGCGCCUCUACGGCACGAGCGCUAAGGAUGCGCGAGUACAGUGGAAGUUUCACGCUCACGGAACUCUGUUAUUGUCUUAUUCCUGUAUCUGUCCCGAUAGAGAUUUCACGCUUAGAUAACUGUUUGAACUUCCAAAGUUUAGUUGUCUAAUUUCGUUUAUCGUAAACUAUCGUUACUACAUGCGCUAAUUAUAUUGGAAAUUUCAUGUUUAAAGAACUACAUAUUUACAUUCCAUAUAUUUUUUUGUGAUAUAUUGAAACGGCUGAACUAUUUUUCGUAAAUCAUAUUUAGCUAACAACCAUCUCGAUCGUAAAUUUCAGCAUCUGAAAAAGCUUUUUUUCUGUAAAAUUCAGUCUUUAUUUUUAAGCUUAUAGCUUAUGUAACUGAAAACGAACAAAACCACGUACUUACAAAAACAUUAUGUUAUAAACGUAGGUAAAAGUUAAAAAAUCGGCAGAAACUUUUAACUAUAAUCAAUCAUAAGCUAGAUUAGGUAUCCGCGUUAUACAUAGGGACAAAGUACGUAGGAACAUUAAAGGUUUUUAAAAUUUUGUUAUUUGUUAGUAGAUUAAUUAACCAAAUCAUUACCUGAUUGAACAGUGUUUGGUCCCAUCGACUCUGUGUAAUAACCUCCAAUGGAAUGGGCGACCCUUCACAGCUGAGAGGGAACAAAAACAUUCCCUUUCUCAUAGAGGUUUGACGUCAUACAUGAGUUUGGUCGCAAAACUACAGCAGAUUUUUAUUAAUUACUAAGUUUUGCCCGCGGUUACGUCCGUGUCUUAUAAAUAAUUUGUCAAUACCUCUGGUUCUAAGCAACGUAUUGCGAUGAAACCUACCUACCCUAACCUACCUAUGAUUUUAGACCAUCAUCAUUUUUGCGUGAUACGCGAACAAACAUACCGGCAAAAAAAUCUAAAAAGCGUUGUUUUGGCUUCUGUUGGUUCCAUAAAGACUUAUAAUUGUUUUUCUUUAAUAACUUAUAUGUACGUACAGACACAGCCUAGUAACAGUUAUGCUUUAUUGUUUUAUUUAUUUCAGUAAUAUAAAUAAGUAGUAUUUAUCAUACAUUAUAAUUUAGGGAGAAAAUGUGAAUAUUAGUAAAGUUUAAAGCGGACGGCAGAAGCAAACUCUCGUUUGACGAACGGCUUACAAAAGAUAUAUAUAAUGGCUUUAAUUUUUUAAAAAUAGUUAGAUUAUUUGCAAAUCGUAAUUAUAUUUCUGAGCGUAUUUUAUAGGAUGAUAAUCCAAUCAUCAAAUUUUAUUUUCUGGUUUAAUUUUAAAAAGAUUUCAGAGUACAGCCCUACAUUGAGAAAUAAGUUGGUGUAAAGCACUAUUUCUGAACAUAACGCAUAAUUCUGAAUAGGAUGAUGCAAACAAAGUGAUAUCGACGUGAUUUUUCCUGUGUUGAUGCUCACUUUCAGUUAAUUUUUGUUAAUUUUUUUUCUUUAGAUGAAGGCCAGGUCCAGUUAGGAUUUUCCAAAAACGUACUGUUUUGUACUUGUCAACUGUGAACCAUAGGUUAGAAGUACUGAAGCAGGAAAAUUAUCCCGUAAAGAUAAAAUGCUAAACUUAUCAUAACCAAAAAAAUUACAUGUAACUAAAUAAAAUUAAGAAGGCUAAAUUAAAAAAUCCUCUUUUUUCCUUUAUCGGCAAUAAUGACCGCAAUUCUAAGUAUAUAUAUAACAGUAGCAACUUUUUAAAGAAUAAAAUAAAGAGUACAGUUACAUAUCUAAAGAAUAACCGCUUAUUGGUUUGUAUAUAUCUAUAUUUCAUCAUAAAUAAUUAGUUUUUAAAUUUUGAAAUAGUCUAACAAGGACCCAGACAGCCAGCCAGGAAAAACACAAAAUACUAUACAUCCGACAAGGAACCGUAUUGUGUCCGUUUGCUAAUGUAGAAUUAAUAAAAAAAACUAGAUACCAAUAAUUACAACGUAAGAUUUUACGAAAAAUGUGAGUUCGCUUUUGGGGUCCGUUUAAUAAAAUACUUUUAAUGAAUCAAAUUAUGCAAAGUUUCGAUCUAGACGAUGUAUAGGAUUGCAUAAGUAAAAUUAUAUUAGAAUAAACGUUUCAAAUAUUGUGGACGUGGUUGUUAUCUGUUACCUAUGGUUGUUGAUGUGAUUUCGACUGCUUUUAUACAAUAAUCUUUAUAUUUCCCUGUUGGUAUCUUGUGCUUGUUAUAUUAUAAGAGUAAGCUUGUGGGUUACCUCUGGGAAGCAUCAUGAAACCUCUGUGUUUUAAGUACAGUGUAGAUUCGUUACACAUAAGGAGUGACCUUUCAUGGCAUUUACAAAUACUUAAUUCAUUAAUAGCAUAUAACAUUCAUUAAUACUUUAACUUAUUAACACCUUAAAGAAUAUUUUAUUGUAUAGUGAACAAUAUUUCGGAGUUCUAAAAAAAAGUGUUGAUUUUAUGUGUUAAGUAUAGUAUGAAAUCAAUCAAUUUCUAAAAUUGAUUAAUCUGUUCAGUUCAGUAGAAAUGCAUGUUAAAAUUGUCCACCCACCGUCUGAUGUAACCUAACGUGAUUUCAAGUGAGAAUAGUAUUGUCUGUAAGUCUUUUCUACGUCUUUUUCUAUGACAUUUAAUGUUAGUGUUAAAUUAUAUGUUAGGCUCGAAUAUUUGUUAGUAUAUAAGGAAAUAUAUAAACUGAACCGAACAAUUCUUGACUGUAAAAAAUCUGCAGGAAUUUUAGAUAUAUAUGACGAGAUCUUAUUUCUGACUCGAUGUAGUUUAUUAUAUGUGUAGCGUUUGUAAGAUAGUUAAAAGUGUAUCUACCUACCUAUUGAAAUUGAUCUUAAAAGUAUUUGGAUAUUUUCCACUUUUAGCUUAAAUGUGCACAAUUUUAUAAAGUAUUAACACUUCAAAAGGCUGUUGAAAUCUAUGUGUUAUAUAAUUAGUAGAGUUUAGGUUCCGUUCACUUGGUAGAGUAAGUAUAUUCUUCUGUUAUAAAUAUUGUCUUCCUUCCAUUACGUAUGUACUUGUAUGUAACUAUCAUUUCCUUAUGUGUUGUAUGUAAAAAAUGGAACAUAGAAAAUAAAAUUAUUAUAUCCAUGUUGAAAAUUAUGAAACUUAUGAAAAAUAUAAAUCACUACGCUUCGAUUUUAAAUCUCUUAUGAAUAUCAUUAAGAAUAUUUUAAAUAUAGGUAAUUAUGAAUGUUGAAUAUCUCUUCUGAACUACCUCUUCACACAAAUUCUAAAUAUUAUAGAGGAAAACUAUGAAAUGUUGUUACUAAAUGUUGUAAAAAACUAUCUACAUCGCUCAACAUUUUAUUCUAUUUUAAAAUAUUUUAUAUCAUUAGUAUAAAGUUACCUAAAAUAAUGGAUAUUAUGAAAGCUAUGUACCCAGAGAUUAAUAAAUAAUAUUUUUGCAUGAAUAACCACCGAAAAUUUUAAUCAUUCGAUUAUUUUGUUUUACAAAAGAGUAGAUCUUAGGAUAUUAUGUAAGUAGAUGAAUUUUUUAGUAUAUUUUCGUAAUAAUUAUAAGCACAUGAACCUCAUUUCAUGCAUUUAACAUCUACAAUGAUGAAUUAAAUUAUUAUCUAAAAUUCAUGCAAUUAAUAUACCUACCUAUUUACUAAGUCUAGAUACUUACUCCAAAAACAUAUUUUUCAUAUUUUUUAAAAUUGUUGAUUAAUUAAUUAAAAAGAAAGAUUAUAUUGAUUAUUUAUAUCAAGUAAUACAAUGUGUACCUACCUAUUAAUACAAUAUUCUGUUGGAAUUACAUCGGUGUUUACUGUUUACUGGAAAAAUAUCAAGUCUUAAUUUUCUAAAAAAGGUAUAUUGAUUUAAUUAGUUAGUAAUUUUCUCUAUUCAUCAAUAUUAUUAAUUCUUGUAACUAGGGAUUAUAAAAUAUUCUUCUAGAAAUGCUAUUUCUGUGCAUUGAUACUAUCCAGACAUAUCAUGAACGCGAAUAUUUUACGUUAAGAAAUGAAAGAAAUUGUCAAAAAUGUGAAAGUGGCGCUAGUGUGCGGCGGCGAAGAGCGCCUUAACUAUAUGACAUAACGAAACGACACAACAAUACGAUACUUAAAUUUUGAACGCUCAUACGAGCAGCCUGUUAUAUGCAUGGGGAUCUUGCAUACAUCGGAGGAAGAAUAUCACUAGGUAUAACAAUACUCUAUACUGUGACUAGCAUUUGGUGGCUUUGUAUAUAAUGACACGAGAUUUUGGGUUGUGUUUGCUAAAUUAAAUAUAAGUAAUUACCCAACUAGCUAGGGUAAGAUUUUGUGAUUUUUUGUAACUUACCUCGAUGGCUCAGCCACCCAAGGCCGCCGUAUUUGUAUUAGUCGGCUCUUUAGAGGUCUUAAUGUGGCAUUAUCGUCGACGUUAAAAUGUAUAUGGAAAAUAAAUAGUAACUUUUAUGUACGUUAGAGACGUUCUUAACUUUCCGUACAAAUUUUGUUGGUAACGUUACGAAUAUGUUACUCGCAAAUACGCAUUCUAAACCAUUAGACCUCUUCAGCGGUACCUGAAAUGGCUGACAGGUUGUCUCCCUCUUGGUAGUCCUUUGCACGUUUUCUUGACUUCACGAUCCUCCUCCAUCAUUUCCAACGCAGAGCCAUCGAAGUAAAUUUUUUUUCGUAAAUCCAUUAUUAUUGUUAUUGACAAAUACAUGUGGUGCCAUAGUCGUUUCCAUACAGAUUAAACUUGACUGAGAUGUCUUACAUACAGUAUUUAGCUGCUCAGAUGCCUGUUGUUGUUGACCUUCUGACAUCAAUCAAUUGUUGUUUCCUUCACAAUAAAGUUGUCAUUGUAAAGUUUAA